GUUUUUACGCGCGCUCCUAUAUAUAAUGCGCUUAGAGUGUCAUAUAGACUUGUUCUUGCACAUCAGCAUAAGAUAAAAUUACAGAUCGUGGCUGCGGCUCGACAACUUAGGUUAUUAUGAACAUAACAUGCAUUAUGCAUAACGCAUAGUGGCUGCAUUUCCAUCGAAGUGCAUUUUUCCAGGCGAGUCCUCGUGCGCUGUGCCUCUUCUCUACUCGGGUUACUCGUGGGCGUCGGCUGCUAUCCGCUCGCUCCGGCCGACGAGGAAGUGCAUUCUGCAGCAGUUUGGACAGCCCCGACGACGUAAACGCAGCGCAUCAUCAUCAUGGCAAAAGAGAUGAUGAUAGUGUUUGUUUACGACACCACAAGGUGUUGUAAAGAAGAAGAUGAUCCUGCCGAUGCUGUUAUGUACUUUCAUCCAGCAUGGGUUUCACCAACUCAAAGACUAGCUUUAGCUGGUCAGUUGAUGGGAGUGAACCAGUUUUUAUCAACAUCUUUUUCAACUCCAUCUAUGAUAUCACUUCAGGGUGGAAAAUUUGUCUUAAAAAAAUUUGGAUCAUAUGUGCUUGCUGUAGGUACAGAUAGAAAUAUACAAGACUGGAUUCUAGAGCGACGAGCAGAUAUUUUGGAAUCAUUACUUAAAUUCUUUCACUGUGAUUUUGAGACAAUUUCUUUGUCUCUCAAUAAUGAUAGAAAUAAAAUUACAGAAAAAUUAUAUCAAAUGUUUGAAACGUACUUGCCAAUACUGCAGUACAGCGCCAGUUUAUUCUCAAAUCUUCCAAUGUUAAAGCUUCCAAGGAGUGCAAGCAAUGUUUUUUUAGAAGCAAUGCAAGUUCUUCAAUAUUGCCAGGAAACAAAUGGUAUUGUUGGUGGAGCUCUUUUUUAUAACAACAAAGUAAUUGCAUCACAAUUAAGUGCUGAAAUGACUAAGCAACUGGUUAUAACAGAUCCUUUUCGAAUCAAGGCACCAGCUGAUAGAAUACCAACGAAUUUUCACUUACCAGUCGGGGUUCAACUGUUUCGAGUUUACGUUGAACAAAGACAGUUGUCUACUUUAAUCCAAGAGGCAAAUAUGGAACGUGGUUACAGUUCAUAUUUUGACAAUGCUUCCAAAAAAGCUCAUAAAAAGAAUCUUGCGAAACCUGGACCCAAAGAUCAACCAGUCUCCAUGAUGAAACGGGAUGUAUCUCGUAUUUUUACCGUGCCAGAAGAAGCCGAGUUAGAUGCUACGCAUUACAACAUGGCGCAUUGUAUUCCGCCUUUGUACCCUACAGCGUAUAGUUCUCCUAUAAAACGUAAAGAAGAAGCCAAUAACAAAACCGAACGACCGAAAUAUCAACAUCCUCUGACACCAAGUGUCUGCUCGACACCUCUAAAAGAUGUAAAUCGAGUGCUGCACGGUUUCGCUGUAUCAAUAUGUGCUGCAGGAGAGGAAAAUGAAGCAAAACCUACAGAUAGUAAUAAACAGCAAAAUGAAGAUAACAAAUUAGACAGCAAAAGCAAAGAGCAGAAUAUGGAUGAUAUUCCCGACGUUGUAAAAGAGGCGUUGCGAUGCAAGCGUUUGAACAAACUAAGAAAUGCACCGCCCAAGGAAAAACUUAUGUUGAAGGCAAAAGAUCGAAAUGCAAUGAGUCUUAGUCUUACAGAUUUGGACGAUUCCAUAAAAAAACACUCAAGCAAAAUGGUACUUAAAACUUAUAGUAUAGGAAUACCAAAACUGAACAACAGUAUGAGUGUGGAUUGCGAUGAUGAGUCACCAAAGAAGCAGAAGCGCCGUCGAUAUUACAACACUAUAACCGAUCCGUUUUAUCCAGUAUUUAGGAACGAUGGUCUACCUGUAUCUCAGUCAUUGUACGAUGAGUAUAUUGCAAGUCAUUAUCAAGAGCUGAAUCAAACUUCCAAAAUAUCAGAUUUGAAAUCUGACUUUUCAACUAGUUUACCGCCUCUGCGAAGUGAAAAGCUCGCUUUAAAAAUCAACAGUAGCACUGAAAACGGUAGCAAUCAAACGGAGUCGAAACCAAAUCUAGCCUUGGACGUAAGAUUAGAGAACAAGAGCAAGCAAGAAACUUAUCGUCGAUCCAUGAGUCUUCCAUUGAAACCCUUAAACGCAUUGGACAAUGAUGAUAGGCGCAAGUCGACUUCGGAGUGUGGUGGUAUUUUCGACUUACCACAGCGCAGAAAAUUGGAUGGCCUUCAACUUACACCACUCAUGUCAAAAUUGAGCCUUUUAGCCGACGAGAGAACGAGUGGUUUUUGCAGUAGAGAGACUACACCUAGUGAGUUUCGCGAUUUGCCAAGCUUUUCGAUGGUCAGCAAUCAGCUUGUGAAGAACAAACUGGAAGCUGUAAGCAAAGAUGGUUGUAGUGAUAACGAUGAUGAAAUAGACGAGGACUGGACAACAACGACUAAAGAUGAAGGUAUCUACGAGAAAGGGGAGCUAUUUCUUUGUGGCCAUCAAAAUAUGGUAUUAUUCUUAUUGAUGGAAGAUGGCACCGCUAAUGAUCCCGACUUGAUUCAUUCGCUGUGGGAGACUUCCAUUAGCAUUUUGGGCUGUUUAGAAACUCGUUUACAGCAGUGUUUAGAACCACUUCCCUCUAAUGAAAGCAAAGAACUAUACAGUGUUUUAAGUGUUGACUCUGAUUGGGAUACCAUCCAUAGAUCUGGGCUCUGGGGCGUUACAGAACUAGAAGUUGUAUCUUCUCUUCAUGACAGAUUUAGGCAAAACAAAAAUCUUACAGAGAUGAUAGUCAGGACGGACGAUACGGUGGUUUAUGGAAAUCAAUGUGGAAACACUGAAGUAUUUUAUCAACAAGCUGUAGCACCUAAUACGACUGGCGGUCUUCCCACACCGGCUGAUUUAAUGGGAAUAGUGCCUCUGAAAGCCAAGCGCAGACUCGAAAGAGAUCAUGCGAUAAUCAUACUAUAAAAAUAUAAUAAUACAAAAACAAUAUGCAGCGUGCAUACAUGCAGAGAUUUUUCAAAGGUACAGUGUAUUGUUAGUCAAUUAACAUCAGAUCUUUUUUACAUUGACAGUGAUAUUAUAAGUGUAAUCAUUCCGUAUGUUUGAUUUCGUUUAUCUUUAUGUGCAAUAUGCAAAAAAAAAAAAAUUAUAACCGUAUCGAAAGUACUUACUCAUGCAUACAUUUUUAAUGUAACUUUAGAUCUUCCACAAGUUUUUAAUAAUUAAUGCCAGAUUUAAUUAACUGUAAUAUAUGAAAUGUUUUAUAUUGCCAUUAAGUAGGUAAUCAAAGUAUUUGAAAGAAUUGCAAUAUUCUAUACUUGCGAUCUAUCCGUCUAAUUUGUUAAUUACUAAGCUUACUGAUCAAUGAGCCUUGUAUCUCAUAUGUUACACCAGUUUGAUUUAAAGUCGAUGAAAAAUGAAUUUGCUAAGAAAAAACAAGGUAUAUUAUAAUAUAUUAUAAGAUAAGGACAAUUUUUGAGUAAAUUUAUAAGUGUAUUUUUAUAAAAAAUUCUCUAUUGUAUUAUACAUAAGUUAAGUUCUGGCAAAUCGUUGCCUGAUCUAAUUGUAAUGUUACAUUCUCAGAAAAAACUGUCCACUCCAACUUAUGAAAUAUGAUCUAUAAACAUUUUUAUUUAAUGUUGUAUAAGCGUCCAAAAAAUGUGCUACAAUCUUUUAUGUUGGCAGCUUUUAUUUAUUAAGAGAUAUAUUAUGUAUAUGUGACUAUAUUUAUAAGUAAUCGAAUGAGUUAGGAGUGGACACUUUUACUCACGCGAUUGCCAAAUUAUUUAACGAGACCUCUAAACGAACGAAAUAAAUAAAAAAUACCAAUUAAAUCAAAGACAGUGUGGACCAUUUUGAAAGAUUUGUUCUGUGAUUUCUCGAAUGAAAAUAUAAGCGCUGAGUACUUAACUUGCCAAAUCCAAACAUUCCGUAGUAAUGCACUGUUCCAUGCGCCAAUCAGUGUUUUCACUGAGAUGCAAAAAGCAUGUUUUUUUUAUCAUGCUUAUAAAAUUAUAAAGUGAUUCACAAACUUAUGUUUGCAUAUAAAAAUAUGUAAACGUUAACUCAAGCGAUUAGAAUUUGCCAUAUUGUAAUUUGAAAAUUAUAAUAUAUCGUUAUUAUUUUAUUAAUAUAAGUUCAUUUUUAGAGCUUAAAACUACAGGUGAACACUGUAUAAGAAAAAUUUAUUCGUUUUUAGGAUCAUUGUUGUGUAGAGUAUAUCAAUAUUCAUUACAAAUUGUUGAUAUCACCAAUUAGAAAUAAGUUGUAGUAAUAAGAAAAUCAUAAUUCAGGCAUCAUAUCAACUGAUUGGUUGUAUAAACCUUUUGAGAAAAAUUACAUGAUCUUUCUAGAAAGAAUCAGCAGCUGUGUUUAGGAAAUUAGUACAACUACAUAUUUUUCAUUCAUUUUGCUAUUCAAAAUAGAAAAAGUUGUUGACUUUGGACGAUAAUUAAAUGCCUUAUUUUAUAGAUUUUCUAAAAAUCAGAAAAAGUCAAAACGUAGUUGAUUACAAAUUUAUUAAGAAAAGCCAUUUUUUUCUUGUAAAGUGUCAUGUAAUGUUUUUAAAAAGAUUAGAACAUAAAAUCACAUAUACGCAAGUCAAAUAAAGUAGAACUAAAAGUGAGCAUGAUAGGGCAUACUAACAAUCACGUUACAUUAUGUUGUAAAAUACUGUUAAUUCUUGUACCACCUAUGCUGCAACUGAGCGGUCAUCGGAUUCCACAGAAAUUACUCUUUCAUAUCAUAAAUAAAUACCAUUAUAAGGCGCAAAUUUGUUUUAUCAACUGUGCAAAUCGAGAGCAUUAAAGCAUAUUUUUAUUAGAGCUAUAUUUGAGCAUGAAAGUUUAAAUAUUCUCUGGUAUACGUAUACACACUACGUAUAAAUGUUUAAAUCACGUUGUUGUUUAUUGUGAGCGUAAUUUAAAUCUGCGUCAGAUAGAGCAUUUGCAAUAAGCAGUGAUGUAUUUCUUACUUAGUAUGAAUAAUUUAUUUGGCUCGUGCAAUAGUCUCACAUCAGUCGCCAGCUCAUGUUCGCUCUUCGAUCAUUUUGUAUACACGUUCGACUGCGCAGUCGAUCGUAUAUGAAAGAUCGAAGAAAGUUUUUUCGUUCAUUAGUUAGAGAUUUUUAAGAAUUGUGCAAUGUGUAAGAACCGCUCAGUAUUAUACACGGUAAAUGUACAAGCAAAUUUUUGUACACGAUGAUUGCGCUUCAUAUGUAUAACAAAUAACGCGAUUCGCGAUUUUUUCAGUAUUUUGCUAAUGACAAAACUAACGCUGUAUGAUCGGUAUGUGGAAUAUUUUGCAAUGUCCCCGACGAAGCCAUUCCAUCUGUAUAUAAAAUUUAAUAAAUCUGCUAAAAAAACGUA